AUGGCUUUGUCCGACGUAAAUUUACGUCGAGAAAAUGAAGAGGGGUUGACUACUUUGCAAAUGCUUGCUCAAUUUUAUUGUAGUAACCUCGACCUGGGAAUUGUUGUGGCUGGAGCAGAACAUCUACAACCACUUGGCAGAGGUCAGAAAAGGAAAAUAUAUAUGGCAGCUGCUUCAGGAAAAUGGAGUGAGGCUUUCGAAAUCAAUCCUGAUUUGUUGGGAAUUCCAUUGACUUCUCGUGGAAAUACAGCCCUUCACGUUGCAGUUAGCAUGGAUCAAACAAGUUUUGUUGAAAAGUUGGUGAAUUGUAUGAACAUGCAAGAUAUCGAAAUUUGCAUGGCAGAUGGGAACACAGCCUUUUGUUUGGCUGCGAUUUCUGGAAACGUAAAAAUAGCUGAAAUACUGUUUGGCAAGAAUCCAAAGUUGUUAUGUAUGAGAGGGCACAAUGAUAUGCUGCCAAUUCAAUUAGCAUCUUCUGCAGGGCAUAUUCCCAUGACAGAAUUUUUAUUUCAAGCUACAGAUGACCUACACAAUAUUCUACCCUUCCCAGACAUCGUGAAGCUAUUUUUCAUGACCAUCACCAACAACAUUUUCACCGUUGCAUCAAAAUUGUUGGAUAGCUAUCCAAAAUUGGUUACCAUAGAAAAUGAAGAGGGGUUGACUACUUUGCAAAUGCUUGCUCAAUUUUGUGAGUUCUCCUGA